UUCUACAAAUAAGCAGUAUUUUACAUCCACCCUUUUUUCCCAAUUAUCAAUCGUUUAUUCACUGAAAUGACUUCUAAAAGUGAAAAAGAUCGCGCCAAACAGAUUCAGGAUCGAUGUCAGAAUAUAUUAAUACAAUUGUUAAAAGAUGAAGACAACAAAUAUUGUGUUGAUUGUGACGCCAAGGGACCUCGGUGGGCAUCAUGGAAUCUUGGUAUAUUUCUCUGCAUCCGCUGUGCUGGUAUCCACCGUAACCUCGGCGUGCACAUCUCGAAGGUGAAAAGUGUCAACCUCGACUCAUGGACCGCUGAACAAGUGGUAUAUCUCCAACAAAUGGGCAACUCCCGCGCUCGCGCCGUCUACGAAGCUAAUUUACCUGAUUCCUUCCGACGGCCACAGAACGAUAACGCCUUAGAAGCAUUCAUCAGAGCCAAGUACGAGCAGAAAAAGUACAUAGCCAAGGAAUGGGUUCCGCCUACUAUGCCGAAACUUAACUGGGAUAAAGAGAUAGACGAGGAACUAGAGAAACAAAAACGUAAAAAGAGGGCCACAACGUCAGGCUUGGGUCCUCUACCAGCGCCAUCUGCCGACAAGAAGUAUAACAAAUCUGACGUUAUACCGAGUCUGCCAAAACCUAUAUCAGUAAGUCCUAAACUAGGCAGAAAUACACCAACCCACCAAGCAGAUACCCCUAAAACGUCAAAUGGAUCAGCUGAUCUACUCGGACUGGACACAGUGAAACCAGAGGUGAAACCGACCAACAACGACGACAUUUUUUCAAAUUUCUUUUCAGCGCCACAAGAGAAACCAGCAGAACCGAAACCGGAAGAACUGAAACCUGAUCUCAAAACAGAGGAAGAAAACUUCUUCAAACAAGCAGCACCAACAGAGAAGGAGAAAUCGAAACUAACGAAAGAUAGUAUCUUGGCAUUGUACAGUCAAACACCGGCUAACACUUUAGCAAAUCAAUUCAAUCCUGUCCAACAGGCUCAGCCCGGUGGUUACCCAUUUGGAACAGUCUACCAAACCCCGGCUUACAACAAUAUGGCAAUGCCGAAUGGAAUGCAAACAUUCAACCAAUUUCAACCGAUGCCAAGUCAAUUCCAACAGCCGUUCCCGAGUCAAAUGCCACAGCAGCCGCUACAAAAUGUUCAACCUUUCCCCCAAAAUCAGCAAUUUUUCAACACUCAACCGACUCAACAUUUACCUCAACAAUUUAGUGGUCUUAACUUAGGACAGAAUUUCCCUAAUGCUUUCCCACCGAACCCGAACGUUGCGAGCAAUACAACAUGGCAAUAAGAUUACAAGAAAUAUAUCCGAGGUUUAUAUUUCGUUGUGCAUUAUAGAUAACGUAAUCGAGCGUUUAUACUGUCACGGUUGAUAUUCACGGAAUGGGUUAUGAUACAAUGUUCAAUAUCCUUUAAAAUGUUAUAAAUCUAAAUAAAUCCAGGGUGCGGAUGAUUGUGAAAAUAUGAGUGUAAGACAUACAUACUGUGUUUUUAAAUGAAUAUGUGUAAAGUAUUAUCAUAAUGUUAAAAACUUUUCUUGUUGAAUGAAGUAUUACAUUGUAUGAGUAAUAACUGAUAUACAUAAAAUUUUGUACAAUUUUGUUUAAAAAAUGUGUAUGCUGUCUUCAUUUCAUAACAUGUAAUGUGUUUAGUAAAUUUUCUAAAAAAGAGCAAGAUAAAGACUCUCACUAGCGUUAUUUUAAUAGUGUGAUAUUUAAUUAUUAUUCACUUCAAUUAAAUUUGUACAAAACAUAAACAAAGAGUAAUAAUACUAAAUGAACGGCCUUACUUAUAAAUGUUGCUAAGCGACUGUUUAGUUAAACGUCGAUUUGGCUCUGUCUGUCAUUAUUGAUUUGAGAUGUGAAAGAAGAAGACAGCAUUGUUCGACUAAUCACUCGCUGACCAACGUUUGUAGUUAAGUAAAGCCGAAUAUUUUUACCGGUUUUUACUAAAUGUAAAUUUCUGAAAUGAAGCAAAUUCAGAUGUAAUCUGUCCAAAUUACCGCCGUUUCAUUAGUCGCUGAUAGCGUCAUCUGCUAUCGACCAAUGAACGUUUAGAUUGAAUUAAUAUAAAUUAUUGGUCAAAUGAUUGUUCUCCAAAUUUAAAAUCGAUGAUGUUGUGUCGUCGACACCGGUCAAUCUCGUUCGUAAAAUAAUCUGUGCCCGGGUUUCACAACUGAAUUGAAUUUAUCUGAUUUUAAUGAGUGUUUCAGAAACUGCAAUUUGGUUAUUUAUUAUAUCAUAAAUAUAUUAAGUUUGUUUUUAAUAUACUAUUAAAAUGCUUCUCAUUUCAUAUUUAAUAGUAAGUUGGUCAUUCAAUAUUAUUUACAUAUAUAUUAUGAUGUUUGCCUGAAAUCGCCAACUGUUUUUUAUGAAUUGUACAAAUUCAAUUGUAAUACUGAAAAUGUUUAUUAUACCGUGAAAAGUUCGUUAAUAACAAUGUUGGAACGCGUUCUCUCAUGUCAAGGGACUUAUAUUUUAUUUUAUACAUAUAUAUAAUUUAUUAUAGCUACCUUCGUGUAUAACUGGUGAUAAUAUUUAAGUUAUUUUAAGCACCGAGAGAAAUAUGUAAACAUAUAUAUAUAUAUA